GGGAGGAGGCGGCGGCUCUGUGCACCGGGACUCGGCGGGCGGCGAGGAGCGCGGAGCAGCAGCCGGAGCCGGACACCACCGCCGCCACCGCCACCUGCGCGGCCGUCAUCAAGGACACUUGUGGUUCUAAUCUCCCUCUGUUAACUGCGGCUGACUUAAGUGUGGUGGUUCGACCCUCUCACGAGACACGUGUGGGGCUAGUUCACUGACCACACGGUCAGGUUUUAAGAGAAAAAAGUAAAUAAAACUCCAGUAUUAGAUGUGGAACCACAAACUUACAAAGGGACAAUGGUAACCGGCUGCGCCAGACUCCUAUGUAUCCCGGACGUUUCAAGACCAAAUCAGAUGUCAUGGCACCCCCAGUAUCGGAGCUCCAAGUUCCGCCAUGUCUUUGGCAAACCAGCCAGCAAGGAGCACUGCUACGACUCAGUACCCAUCACCCAGAGCGUCCACGACAAUCACUUCUGCGCUGUGAACCCCCACUUCAUUGCAGUCGUGACUGAGUGUGCUGGUGGGGGGGCUUUCCUUGUCAUCCCCCUGCACCAGACGGGAAAGUUGGACCCCCACUACCCGAAGGUCUGCGGGCACAAAGGGAACAUCUUAGACAUCAAGUGGAACCCUUUUGACGAUUUUGAGAUUGCCUCCUGUUCUGAAGAUGCCACGAUUAAGAUCUGGGACAUCCCCAAGCAGCUGCUGACAAAGAACCUCACAGCCUGCAGGAAGGAGCUGGUGGGCCACUCCCGCAGAGUGGGCCUGGUGGAGUGGCACCCCACAGCCGCCAACAUCCUCUUCAGUGCCGGCUAUGACUACAAGGUGAUGGUCUGGAACCUGGAUACAAAGGAGUCUGUAAUCAUGAGCCCUGUGAAGACGAUUGACUGUCACCAAGACGUGAUCCUCUCCAUGUCCUUCAACACCAACGGCAGCCUGUUGGCCACCACCUGUAAAGACCGCAAGAUUCGGGUUCUCGACCCCCGAGCAGGGACCGUCCUCCAGGAAGCCAGCUACAAGGGGCACCGGGCCAACAAAGUGCUGUUUUUGGGGAACCUGAAUAAGCUGCUGUCCACAGGCACAUCCCGAUGGAACAACCGGCAGAUGGCCCUGUGGGACCAGGAUGACCUCUCUGUGCCACUCACUGAGGAGGAUCUGGAUGGCUCCUCAGGCGUGCUGUUUCCCUUCUAUGAUGCAGACACCAACAUGCUCUACAUGGUGGGGAAGGGAGAUGGGAACAUCCGCUACUAUGAGGUGAGCGCCGACAAACCUCACCUGAACUACCUGACUGAGUACCGCUCCAGUCACCCACAGAAGGGAAUCGGUGUCAUGCCAAAGAGAGGUCUCGACGUUUCCUCCUGUGAGAUCUUCCGCUUCUACAAGCUGAUUACAACCAAAUGCCUCAUUGAACCCGUAUCCAUGAUUGUACCCCGGCGGUCGGAAUCCUACCAAGAGGACAUCUACCCGCCCACAGCAGGGGCCCAGCCUUCUCUGACAGCCCCGGAGUGGCUCAGUGGGAUGAGUAAAGGGCCAAUCCUGGUGUCCCUUAGGCCCGGCUCUGAGCUGCUCAGCCCCCGACCUCUGCCCCCAGAGAGACCACUCUCCGACCCCAUGGUCCCUGCCUCGCCCCAGCUCCUCAACCAGACAGAAAAGCUGUUUGCAGAAGAUGGCCGGAGGCCAUUAUCUCUGCUGGAGGAAAAGGCACCAAGGUGGGCGGCGGAACACAGGCUGGAGGAGAAAACCUGGCUCACAAAUGGUUUUGACAUCUUCGAAUGCCCCCCACCAAAGACAGAGAAUGAGCUGCUACAGAUGUUCUAUCGGCAACAAGAGGAGAUCCGAAGACUCCGGGAGCUGGUGACCCAGCGCGAGGUCCAGGCCAAACAAUUGGAACUAGAGAUCAAAAACUUGAGGAUGAGCUCACAAUGGUUCUGAGCAGAGGUCUCUGCCCUCCUCGCCCUCAGGGACACCACCGGCUCCAUGGGGAGGUUCAGAACCAAACCAUAAGUCCCCCAAGAACAACCACUAUUUCUAUAUUUUUUACCAGAAAACAAAACUCGGUCACUGAAAGAUUUCCAGUGGGACAUGGUGCCGUUUUUCUAUUUGCCUUCUCAAAACAACAGUGUCUGAAGUGACUCUUUUUAGAUGAUACCUUGCCUUCUGUUUAAUUCUGUUGUAGGGUCCACAAUGAGCUAUAAUUUCCCAAGGGAAAGAACACUGUAGGAAGUUAGAGCUGGAAGGACCUAGUUGUUGAACCUGCCUGUGAUUUUUAAACUGGGUGGUCCAUAGAAUGGGGGGAAGGCUAAGCAGGAGGGCUGUGCCCCCCUUAUUCCAACCAGACAACUCCGCUUCUUUUUGUUUUAUACAUCAGCUCUAUGGAAUACAUAAUUCUGCUAAUCAAAAAAAUUUAAAGUUUGAAAAACCAGUGAUUGGCCCAACUUCCUCAUUGACAGCUGGGGAAACUGAGGUCCCCAGAGAAUUCACGGCAGGGCUGGGCUGAGCUCCUGGUCUCCUGGCUCUGUCUUUCUGCUGUUUCUGGUCCAGUACAAUUCUCAGCCCACAGGGCAGAAAUCCAUUGGUCUGGCCUCAGCGGCGCCCCUCACUUGCGCAGUGACCUCUAGCAAAUCAUUCCCUUUCUGGUUUCAGUUUCUCCUUCUGAACAAGGGGGGACCCUGGAAUCUGCCAACUGAGAUCAGAAAUGUUGGCUUUGACCUGAGGAAAAUUACUUGUAGGAUGAUGAUCUGGGUUUGCUGUGGGAACUCACCAGACAUCGGCAAAGGGGCAGAGUUUGUUUAACUUGGGAAAGAAGUCAAGGUUCAGGCCAAUUCUAGACACUGACGGGAGGCCAAACUCAUCCUCUCUUCAAACAGAAUCAGUCGGAUAGGGGUAGACAUUCCCUUCUGUGGGAUGCAGACAUCAGGGUGUUGGCUACGCCCACUGACUGCCGCCAAAGCCCUCAGGUCACAGAGCUUGCUCCUGCCAGGAAGACAUAAGCAGAUGUCAGCCCCAAGUAACCAAAGAGGCCCCCCGGAGGUAGGGAGCCCCCUGGCCGUGAGGACUUCUGGGCAAGGACGACUGCACUAGGCAAGAAAGCAGAAUCACAUGUCCCUAAAAUUUCCCUUCCAGAGUUUUUCUGUGUCCCUCCUUUGCAAAUCUGUUCUGAGCCCUUCUCUAAGAUUCUUUCUCAGUGGUCAAUACAGGCUACCUGGCCUGGUAGGUUUCAGCCCAGGCUAUACGUUAGAAUCCCCUUGGGUAGUAUUCAGGAAACACAGCCAAGUGGGGCCAGGCCAGGCCCAAUCCUGGACCACUUGAAGCUGAAUCUGUAGAGUAGGGAUUAGCCUCGUGUAUGUUUUUAUAAGCUUCCAGGUGAUUCUGCAAUAUCGUGAGGGUGGAGAGCUACUGGGCUAGUCCAUCUGUACCUACCUACCGUAAAGGCGCGGAGGAUAAGGAACAGCAGGCAGGAGCUGGGGCUCAGCUCUGUGCUCUAAGUCCUGGCUGGAGGCUCCUAAAAUCAGGAAGCAUUAUCCUGAGCCCUCCCCCUCAGGUCUCUGGGGGCUCUGUGCUCCUGGUUGCCCACUCCCCUAGCCAUGGCUUAGUCCCCGUCUGCCCGCCCGUGUCAGACGCCCCAGUUCCUUGUCUUGUAAUCCAUUUAAUUCAAUCACUGGGGCCCGCCAAGCUUGCCAAAGACCAAAUCCCAGGUGUUGUCAGGAAAGCAGAGCUUCACUGGAUGGGGUUACUUCUCCCACCUCAUUUGUGGCCAGCCCUUCACAGUUUACAAAACCCGCCCACCUCUACUCACUGACACAUACUACUCUAAGGGGCCAGGCAAUCGUUAUCCCCACGUUCAGGAGGGCACAGAGCGGUCCCUUCUACAGCUCUCCCCACCUCAGAGGGACCCAGACCUCCUGCUUAGAAACAAUUCAUGAACAAACUUGUUUUCCUGUUUCAUUUUCUUUAUUGUUUUUUACAUCUAGAGUAAAUUAUUUAAAUUAUUUCACAGCAAGGGAGAGGGAUAGGUAAUUUUUAUCAGAUAUUUUUUUAAGCCAUUUUUAAAAAUUACAUUGUUUGUGUUCUCGACUGAUGAAGUGGAACUUGCCCAGCGUGUGCAGGGCCAGGCCCUCAUGCUCAGGGUAAGCAGAAAGUGCACUCAUCUCCUUGCUCAUGCCCUGGGAGCCCCCUGACUGUAGACUCAGGGACUUUGCGAGACUGAAGACAGCACUGGGAAAUGAGCUUUGGGGUGCAUCCACCUUAGCACUACAAUAAUUGUUCUUCCUGGAACAAAACUUGAGACUGUAUUAUAGAGGGAAGCAGGAAGUCAGAAAUUGAUCUAUGCUUUUCAUAUGAAACCGUGCCUGAAACAGUUUGAUUGUUUUAAUGUUGUUUCUGAAAUUCCUUGUAUCUUUGUAAAAAAAUAAAUAAAUAAACAAAAGUGAAAAUAAAUAGAUGUGGAAUUGUGCAAUGGAAAGAAUAUAACAAAAUAAUAAACAGCAUCUGCCUAGAUAUUUUAAUACAUGG